AUGUCCAAGCUCUCGGUAUCAUCGUCGUUAUCAGCACAAUCAUCAUCGUUGUUACUACGCCGCGUUGGCCGCAAAAUCGCCGCGCGAUCGAGGAAGAGUACUACUUUUUAUAAGACGGGGAAAGCGUUUGCCAGUUCCGAGGAAGGCGGAGAAGGAAAAGAAGAAGAGGAGUGGGCGGCGAUGGGUUCGAACGCGAAGAGCAACGUCGUCCCGCGAAAGCCAACAAAGUUAGCGGGGACGAACGCGCCGGAAUAUAUGCACGGCGUGUUGGCGUUCAAUCGCUUCUACCCGGAAAACGCGAGAGGCGACACGUUCAACCGUCAUUUGUUGGUUGCUUUGGAUAAAGGCGUCAAAGAAAGCGCCAAGGUUACCGAGUGGGUCGUAGAUAACAUCUACCGCCCGGGAGAUUUGCUUCAUCUGGUUCACGUGUCGGACCCAAACGAGCUUGGAGGAUACAUGCUUCCACCGGACGGUUUAUGGACGUACGACUCCGCCAUCGCGCGAUACAACGCCGCCGAUCGCGCCGCGCAAUCGAAGUUUUGGGAAAACGAGCUCAAAUCCACGGAAAAUAUGCUCCAAGAUAUCGUCGAGCAAACGCACGAGUACGUGGAGCAAAAACACGAGAAAGGUUUGUCUUUGCACGAAGAUAUCCCGCAACCGGCUAUUGAAUUAGACGCGCUUUUAAACGUCCAAUAUCAAAGCACGAGCGAUGUCAUCGUGAGUAAAGCCGAACAAGUGAACGCGGCGAUGAUAAUUGUUGUGAAACACGACAAGGGAUGGUUGACGCGAUUGAUCGAAGGGCAGUCGAUCUCGACCAACGUGGAGAAGAAGUCAAAAAUUCCGGUUUUGGUUUAUCACGCAGGACACAUGUUGACAAAAGAGGAAGAGCUCGAAGAGAAAGAGAAAGAAGCGAGACAACCGGGUGGGAAACACGCGUCGCAGACAAAGUUGUGA